ACUGCGCAUGCGCGAGAUGCAGGAGGCGCAGUUCAUAUGUUUAUGUUUAUGCUCACCGAAUGAAAUGGGGCCUGGGAGAACUAAUAAUAUAUGAUCAAAGUCAUCGAUCACCACCGCAUUUCUGCAGGAUUUGCACAUUCCCUCCUUCAGCAGCCAAGUUUCCUUGAAUCAGUCACCUUGAAGAAGCAGACUACCCAGAAACAACGCAAUGGGGAACACAAGCAGUGAGAGGGCUGCAUUGGGCCAUGGAGAGAAGGCCCAGCGGAGGGACAGCAGGGGAACUAAGGAUGGUGAGAGGCCCAAAAUUCUCAUGGACAGCCCUGAAGAUGCAGAUAUUUUUCAUGGCGAAGACAUGAAAGCUCCCUUAGAAAAAGAAGAGUUCCUUGCAUGGAGGCAAGAUUUGGAAGCGGAAGACAAAGACCCAACUCUAGACCGACCGACCGUCUUUCGCUGGAAGGGGGACGGCAAAGAGGUCUACCUGUCUGGAUCCUUUAACAACUGGGCCAAUAAGAUUCCCCUGAUUCGAAGUCAAAACACCUUUGUGACCAUCGUGGAGCUACCUGAAGGGGAACAUCAGUACAAGUUUUACGUCGACGGCCAGUGGACUCACGACCCAGCCGAGCCUGUUGUAACAAGUCAGCUGGGUACAGUCAAUAACAUCAUCCAGGUGAAGAAAACAGACUUUGAGGUGUUUGACGCUCUCAUGGUGGACUCGCAGAAGUGCUCAGACAUGUCGGACCUCUCCAGCUCUCCCCCUGGUCCAUAUCAUCAGGAUGCGUACAUUCCAAAACAAGAGGAAAAAUUCAAGUCCCCACCUAUUCUCCCACCUCAUCUGCUUCAAGUCAUUCUCAACAAAGACACUGGAAUAUCCUGCGAUCCAGCCCUCCUUCCAGAACCGAACCACGUCAUGCUCAACCACCUCUACGCUCUCUCCAUAAAGGACGGCGUGAUGGUGCUUAGCGCGACGCAUCGCUACAAGAAGAAGUACGUCACCACUUUACUGUAUAAACCUAUCUGACGGGAGACCGGGCCAGGAUUAAUUCAACUGAUGUGAAGUCAAGUAGCAAUACUAGUCCACCUAAGGCUGGAUCAAACGUUCACUUUUUUUUUUUUGGUAUAAUCUAGUUGUAGAAAAAUCACAAUAUGUUUUAUUUUAAUCACAUAAAUUGAUACAUUUUAGGGAGUCCCGUAAACAAGAUGACUCAUGCAAUAUUCCGAAUGAUCUUAAUUAAUUCAUCCACUGCCGGUCUAGUAAAAAUGCAUCAUUUAUAGCAGCACAAAAUGAGUUUCCAUGUAAACAUGCUGUGAGAUUGCGUCACAUGACCUUGCACCAAUUUUGACUGUGUAUCCUUUUUAUUCAUUCUCAAUAUGUUCCAGACAACAACAAAAGACUCAGCCAAAACCUUCCUUUUUUUUUUUUUAACUUCAAAAAGAACACGUCAUACCAAAACGAUAUAAAAAUAGGCAUUCCAAUUUAUUUUUCCUUUUCAGGGGUUCAGAAUUUUCAACCUGGUUUUAGGGAAUGUAGCAAGAGAGAUUUAAAGGGUCAUGUUCGAUAGUUGAAUACCCUAAAAGUGUUCUCAGAAUUUUUUAAUCAUUAUUUACUCCACAAAUUAGAGCGCACUUCUUUUUGAAGUAUGAAAAUGUUUUGUUUUUCUAAUUUUAAGGUGACAAAGUUACUUAUUUUACGUAGCACUUACUAUUGUAUCAUUUUGCAUGACACUGACCAACACUGAAUGUAGAAUGCGUGUACUGCGAAGUCAGCGGAAUUGAGUCGAAUGCAACCUAAUUAGCCGAAGAUCUGAAUUUAUUCUUUUUGAGCUGGUUGGACAAGUUGACAAUCAAAAUCAGCAGUUAAGCCCAAUGAAGAACUGUCUCAGAUCAUUCUAUUAUUUACCAUGAAGUUGACUAUAUUUUGUUUCCGUUGACAGAUGGAUUGUCUCAAAUCGCGCGAUGGCUCGAAAUACGCUCACUAUUAGAUAAUAUAUGAUUUGAAAAUCAUUAUAACUUGCACUUUCUUAUUUAUGGUUAUUUAUUCACAUCUUUGUUUGACUUUCUAGGCCAGUAAGCAAUCAUUCUAACGAUUCCGUAGAACAUACGAUUGCUGACUUUUUCAACCUCACUUGCAUUAUCACUUCAUUUAAUAAAGAUUAAUAUAUUAAA